AUGUUAUGGAAAUGUCUUGGUGAAAAACAUAUUCUUCCACAUGUAACAGACUUAGAUGAACUUAAAUUAAAUAAAAUAAAAGAAUAUGCUGAAACAGCAGUCCUACUCAAUCUUCGAGGAGAGCCACGUUCAACAGGAACAAGCACAGCUACCGUACCUAAAUCUGUUGCUUCAUCUAUAAAUACAGCAACUAUGACAAAAAAAUCAGGUGGUGCAACUAUAGUGACACCUGAUGUUACAGCUAAUAAAGAUGAAGAAUCAACAAGUCCAGCACCAACAACUAAACCAACAACUGCUGCAAAGAAAAAGACAACAACAGCUAGUAAAUCUCCAGCAACAACAAACGAACCUGUAGAAGAAAAAAGACGAGAACCAAGACCACCAAAGGUACGCAGUGAAAAACCAAUUGACGAUCCGGAAUGGCAAAAAUUACAACCGGAUGAAAAAGUACAGCAUAAAUUAUGGAAUGCACGUUUAGCCGGUUAUGAAGAAUGUGGAAAACUUUUUGCUAUGCAAGAUUCAAGCAAAAGUGGAGAAUUUGAAGAUUAUUUAGAUCUUUUGCCAAGAUUUGUUCAAGAUACAAAUGAAAAUGCUAAAGAAAAAGGUUUAGAAGCUUUACUUAUUUUUAUUCAAGAAGCAUAUGUUGCACGAACAACUGUUGGUGAAAUUGUUCCAAUAAUCAUGAGUAAAUGUCUUACUGGAAGAGCAAAAACUAAAGAACGUGCUUUUGAUAUUCUUCUUAUGUAUAUUGAAAUUGAUAAAAAUGCUGAAAUAGAAGAAGAAUUAAUCAAAGGUCUUGAAAAUAAACAACCAAAAAUUGUUCAAGCUUGUCUUGAAUUACUUCGACGAGCAUUAAGUGAUUUUGGUUCAAAAGUUCUUCCAAUAAAACCAUUCCUACCAAAAGUUAUUCCAUUACUUGAAGAUCGUGAUAAAACUGUACGUGAUGAAGCAAAAUUAUUACUUGUUGAAAUUUAUAAAUGGGUUGGUAAACAAACUCUUACACCAAUGAUACAAAAUGUUAAACCUAUUCAAAUGCAAGAAUUACAAACUGAAUUUGAUAAAUUAGAUUUAA